AUGGAGGAAAGUGUCCAAUCCAACAUUUACGAUGAACUCGACACGAUCAUGGAAGAAACCAUCCUAGGCCACGUCAUCGAACUGGAGAGGAUACUAGAGCGGCCAUGGACCAACGCUGACUUCACGAGGACGUUGACCGCGCUGACUCAAUUAGCAACAGACGCUGCCUCGGUGGAAGAAGUGGUUAAUCGCGAAGUUGCUCAUCUCGGCGCGACAGGGGCCGCGGCAGACCAGCUCGCCGGCCUUCUUCCCGACUACUUGGGGAUGCUGAUGCGGGCGUGGUUGGUCGCCGAAGGCCUUCCCGGCGAUGAUGGAGAGACGGAUGAAUGCUGCGUGUGUCUCGAGCGUCUGCACUGUGGGCUCGUUGCGACGCUGGAUUGCGGCCACGAGUUUCACGGGGACUGCAUAGGGAGGUGGCUCCUCCGUGGCCAGGACUCCUGCCCUAUCUGCAUUAAUGCUGAUGUUCUUCUGUUGUGA